AUGGGUCAGUGGUGGGAUGCCGGCAGGAUCGACGCUACCGUCACGAGGCAGUUCGUCUGUCAGUACCUGCUGCCCGAGGAAAUCGAGCGCUUAGACAGACCACUGGCAUUUGGCGACGGCUUGACGGACGAGACGUAUUGGGAUUGGAUCAACAACAAGGCCAAGCGUAUCUUCUUGAUCCUCGUCGACCUCAAGAUCCCAGACCAGAUCUUCGGCAUUAUCGACGACUCCUGGGACGACCACGAUCUGCCCAUCUCUUCCGAACACGUCGAGCGCCUCAGGCUGACCGCCGUGAGGGACGACAAGAUCGAACGCAAGUUCUUCGCUCGCCAGUUCACCUACUUGCUCAGACCCUUCCAACGAGGCGACCAGGUCGCUUUCAACGACCACGAGCUCGUUCCUCUCGAUGUUGUCGAGCGUCGCCCGACCGGCAACAACGCAGUCGACAAGGUCGUCCUUCCCAACUGCCCUGGUUUGGUUUUCUACCGCCGCCGCAUCCCUUUGGGUACCGGCGUUGGCCAGCUUUCCAGAAACGAGUUUGUUGAGAUACUCAACAGCAUUGGGUGCAUCCAAAAUGACCAUUUGGUCUCGUAUUACGCCUCGUACACCCAAGGCGGGGCGGCAUACGUCCUCUUCACACCCGGUACCGACUCCAACCUGAAGUCCUUCUUCGGCAACAACCCGUCCAGUUUCAAGAACCUGGCCAAGAGAGAGAGGAGACGCACCGUCAUGAACUGGAUUCUGUGCCUUGCCGAUGCCCUCGCGUACCUCCACAGCCGGAGGCUUUGCCAUGGUAACAUCAAGCCGUCGACGAUCCUCUUCACGAGCCAGCUCCAUAUAUUCUACUCCGACUUUACGAGACUAAACGCUGAGGUGCUCGCCGGCUAUACGGACAAGAAUUCGUUCGACCGGGAGUCGUAUGACUACGCAGCGCCCGAGCAGUGGUUUCGUCCCACGGGCGGCCCGACGAGCCCCUUGGGCCGUGGGGUGGCGGCGGCGACAAUGGCCAUAUCGACGUCUCCAGAAACCCAUACCAACUUCUCCAUUCCGCGAAGUGAUAACCCAAGCAGCCCAAACGCGAUGCUAAACACUCCGAAUCCGUAUCUGAACCCGCAGGCCGCCGACAUCUUUUCCCUCGGCUGCGUCAUCCUGGACUUGAUGAGCUUCCUUGUUAAGAAGACAACAAAGAGUUUCUCGGCCCAUCGGGCUGCCAAGCACAAGACCCCGGGUCGCGGUGGCGCGGUACUGGACUCGUCCUUCCACAAGAACCUAGGGCAGGUCGAAUCGUGGAUGUCGACACUGGCCAAGGAGGCGUCCAAGAAGGUCUCUUCAUCCGACGGCGGUUAUGUGUUUCGAGGCAUCGUACCAUUGAUGCAUAUCGUCGCCCGCAUGCUAUCCGCAAACCCCCUCGAUCGUCCCUCGGCGGCCGAGGUGCAAACCCAGGUCUACCAGAUCCUGACCAAGUACUGCGACAUAAAAGAACCUCACUGCGUGCACCAGUAUGGAGGCUGGGACUUCGGCAUGUCAAACUUACGCAUACAAACGGAAAGUCCCAACAUGGAGCUCGUGCCACAGCCGACCCGGCAAAACUCCGUGUCCCAGCCGUCGAGGCGUGAUAGCGAAAGCCUGAGCGGAAGCAUCAGCCCGAGAAGGCUAUCCCAUUCGAGGACGAACAGUAGCGGCGGCAUGUCGAACAACAGCGGAGUCAGUAGUGCGGCCAGCAGCGAGCGAGACCAAGAACGGGAUCUUGCGACCGGGUUCACAGCCAUCCGGAACAUCCGUGUACCCCCGGCGCGGUCGCCAGGGCCGCCGUGGGACUCGGGCCCCGCUGUACGAGGUGGACGCGGCGACCGAGCUCCGGUUUACUGA